AUGAGCGUCGAAAUCAUUGAUCCGAACGACGGACCGGACGAUCGACCUUUUGCAUCAGCGCAGAGCGGCGGCCCCUUGCCAUUCGAACGGCCACGUUCAGCCGAGCCCUAUGAACGUGAACCUCGCUACGAUGACAUACCAGAGGUCCGACCGGCGAUGGAGCAAAGAUUGUCUGGCCUCAACCUGAACGAGACUAGGAGCAGGUCGAAGUCAAGAACGAGGCCAAGACGGCCCUCGGUUGGCGUGAAAGACCAGUAUGUCUACUGGCGGCUGGAGAAGGUAGAAAGCGACUGGGGAACUGCAUAUCGGCGAAAGAUCCCAGCUCCACAAAAAGAGAUCGAGAGGAUGGCGAGAAGAGGGAGCGGUGCUGUCCUCGCCGAGACAAAGCGCAUGGGUUCACUGCGCGCAUCACACCUAGAAAGGCUGAUCGACGAUGCCAAUGCUGAGGAGAAAGGCGACCAUAAGUGGGAACCAGUCUAUAUCGACUCCGUCAAAAUCAGCCGCAAGCAAGGCAAGGUUGAGUGCAAAAGCAUGGAUGUCAUCUUGGCCCGGAACAUUCCAGCGCCAAAGCCAAAGCCUCGCCGAGGCUCCGGUGAACUCGUCGACGUUGUCAACGACUCGAAAUCCAAGAAGAAGGAUGACAAGGACGAUAAGAAGGACAAGAAGGAUAAAAAGGAGAAGAAAGAAAACAAAGACGGAAAAGAAGGCAAAGACAAAGAGUCCAAGUCCAAGGACGACCUCAAUCUUGACGAUCCCUUCGACGAUGCACCUCUGUUCCACAAGACCGGCAAGCCGAUGGACAGCCAGGGGCCUCUUGAGUUCAGCAAUGCCGGCCUUCCAGAGCAUAUUCCUCCGGAUCGACCGAUUGGCGCCGGCGGUUCCAUCCGCGAGGGUGUUCUGGACGACAUACUGGCAGGACAUCCUCUCGACGGCGACUACGGGCCUGUGGCGGAACCUGGACGUCGAUCAAGAUCCCGCAGACGCGGAAAAAGCGCUCGCCGUCGGCAAUCUCAGGGCCGCGCCGAAUCGAUUAGCUUCCCGCCAGGCUAUCGUCCGGCGUACUCAGAUAGAGGCCGUGGUCGAGACGAUGACUCGACGGAGUCAGACAGCGACGCAUCGCAUUACGGUAUUGGCCUCGAAGAGCAUAGCUCACGUACGUCGAAUGAUACUUAUGAUAGCAUAGGCCGACGAGGGAGCCACUACGAAGACGGCGGCGGCAGACAGAGGGUCUACAAGGAGCACUACCGCGGGCCACGUCGUGAUGCCAGCCACUACGCCGACAGGGGCGGGGUGUAUGAGAAGCCUGCACGGAAUCGUUAUCCUCGCGGAUCUUACUAUGCUACGCGCGACCCUCUUCCCGAACGAAGACAAAUCGAUUAUCGCGACUACGGCGGCGACCGCGGUCGUGGUGAGUUGGUUCGAGCACGAGUGCCGGUAGAUGACUACGACCGGCCAAUCUACUACCGUCAGGACAGACGGAGUGGCGGCGGCAGGGAACGUCCCAUCGUCGUCUACCCUCACGAGGUUUAUGGACGGCGCGCAGAGAGAUACAUGGACGAAAGCGUUGUUGAUGAGGAGUUGGAUCGCCGUGAGGAUGAGAUUCGGAGACGGGAAGCUCAUAUGGAUGCUGUGGAGGAGGAAGAGGAGUUUCGGAGGCGACAGCUGGCGGCGGAAGAGGAGGAUCGGCUUCGAGAGUACGGAGGCAGGAGGAGAUAUCACGAUGACGACGGGUAUAGGAGGGAAAGAGACAGAAGCCGUGGGUACAGUGAUGGAAGGUACGACCCACGAUACGAUCGAGAUUAUCGCAGGGGCGAUUACGAGUGA